AUGACCAUGGGACAGUACUUCUUGUACCUGCCGGAUACAAAGAAGCCUACCAUCGACAAGUUCGAUCCCCCCAACAGCGUGCGCGGGCUGGGAGUGGACAUCCAGGUCAAGCUUUUCUUCUCGGAGCCUGUCGCGCGUGGACGGGCAUCACGUCGGGUGGAUCUUUACCGCAGUGGCGAUGCCUCCAACAACGUCCCCAUAGCAUCUUUCAACUUUCCCUCCAAGGAGGUCACCCUGAGCCCGGACGCGCUCACCGUGGAUCUGACGGGGCAGCUGGAGCCGAACAGCUUCUACUCCAUCGCGCUGCCGCCUUCUUCUCUCAACGACCUGGCCGGGAACAACUUCACAGGACUGCCAGCGAAUGUCUACAUCUUCGGCACGGCCAUCGAGGGCGUGAACGCUGACAUAGACUGGCAGGACACCCUGUGGAUCACCCUGGGCAUAGUCAUCGUGGUUCUGAUCCUGUUUAUUGGUGGCGCUGUGGCCUACCUCGUCCUGCAGUCCGGGCAGAAGAAUGCCCGCGUCUUUGCACGCGCUGUCCGCAAAACGACCAAGAAGCCGUCCCAGGUAGCCCCAAUCGUCGUCGAAGACGUCGACGACGGCUUCUACCACCAGCCGGCGCCGGCGACGAACAGCAAAGCUGACAAUGUCGCAGGCGGCGGCGCAGAUUGCACGCCCAUCGAGAGCUUCCGUGCCACGUCAAAGGUGGCUGUGGCAUGGGAAGGUGCGAAGACGCCCAAGCUGCUGUCGCCCACAGGCGCCGACGCUAUCCUCCGCAGCAGCUCGAAGGUCUCCCUGGCAGCGAUUGCGGCCCCGAGCCAAACAUCCGAGAAGUCGCCAGGCCAUGAUCUGGAGCUCUUGGCGCGCAGCUACUCCAAGAUGUCCCUCCAGUCCGGGCGGGUGGCCGCCCCCGCAGCUCGAAGUCCGGCACCGCCGCCGACGAAACCGGACGGAGAAUUGGCUGCCAUCGACUUGCACCGGGGCAACUCGAAGGUCUCUUUGGCGUGGGAAGGCCCGAAGUCUCUCGGAGGCGCUCUCCAGCGGACAGGGCCAGAAUCCUUGGCGCGCAGUGGCUCAAAGCUCAUGGUUCCAGUGACGAGCCCAAAGAAAUCGAGCUUGAGAACUGAAGGGCGCGAGAUCGUCCGUGGCAAUUCCAAGGUGUCAGUGCAGUCCCCCACAGGAGAACUUCAUGUGGGCCGCACCUUCUCGAAGCUGUCAGUGCAGUCCACAGGCAGCCCCAGAGGCGGUGCUGAGCUGCCACCUGCCCGCGAGGCGCGCAGCCCUCGCCCCUCGCCCAGGGGCACAGGUUCCCGUGUAUCGGCGCGUUGA